AUGCCGGAAAUGCGAGACAUUUUGUCUCCUUUGACAACUCCAAAUAUCCAUAGAACACCAAUGUUCUCUAAUAUAACUGGAAUAUCCCCUUCUACCAGUCGUAGCCAUGUGGGUCUUAAAAGUCCUUCAGGUACACUUUUGUCAAGUGAACAUGAUGAGGCAGCAGAAAAAAGGGAGAGACGGAGGUCAAGGGUCAUGCAGCUUCAACAGAGGACACUGGAAAGUCCUGUAUCACCUGUCGACAAACGGAGAUCAUUGACUUUAAAUGGCCUUUCUAGCACUCAAAUAGCUGAGCACUAUGCCAACUGCAUCAAAUUAUCAGCGGAAAAUAAAAUCACAUCAAAGAAUGCCUUUGGUCUUCACCUCAUUGACUACAUGUCUGACCAACUCAAGAAAAAGGAACUGGAAAACUUUCAGGUUGCCAGUACUACACUUGAUGCUAGCGCCAAAAUUUAUGCUGGUAGAGUGGAUGCCAUCCAUACUGAGACCUACAAGGUUUUGUCUGGCCUCGGACGUAGCUCAGACAAAAACAAACCAAGUGAUGAACAAGAUGUGGAUGAUACGAACGCAGAUCCCAGUGAACAGGGUACAGAAGAUGAAAACAAAAAGAAAAAGAAAAAGAUGAGAAAGAAAAACACAGUGGAAUCCAACCUUAAAAACAUUGACAUGAAGGAAAAGGAUUUUGAAGCUAAGGCAGAUCCACUGUUCCAGAUAAUGUCUGCUACAUUUGAUGAAGGUGGGAUCAGCAGCCUUUUACUCAACAGUUUACGCUGUUUUGAUGACCAACAGAGCCUAGCCCUCGACUCUGGUACACUGAUAGGGCCCUGUUCAGAGAUUGGAGAGUGUUCUCAACACCAGCCCAACGACCUCAGUGAAAUAAUAGAUCUGGCUAAAGGUCAUGACCUUGGACCACUAGAGAUGUGUCCUAACUUCUCAACCUUCAACUGGGAUGAUGCCAAUGAGACAUCCAUCUUGCCAUCGGGCCCAUCUGCCACAGCAUUUGACAUUAAUGCGGAGGCUGAGCCCAUACCAGACAUGGAUGAGGACCACAAUGAUGACCUUCCCCCUGACAUGGGUGGUCUGGACAUGGAAGACAUCGGAAAUGCUGACUCGGACACAAGUCACUGUGAUGGAGAUGAGCCAGCAGACCAAGGCAUAACUAUAGGCGAUGGCAAGGCUGCACAACUCAUGGACACUGUGAUGAAAGACCUUUCGAAAGGAUCAACUGGUACUCUGAUGCAAGUUUUAGCAGCCGAGCCAUCGGACUACUCCUUCUUCAAUAAGACGUUACUGAGGACAUGGGCUGGCCCAGAACACUGGAAGAAGGGACCGGUAAACAGAGAUCUUUUAAAGGGAAAAGUAGAUAAACAACAGAAGGCAAAGAAACCUGUUUUUAAGAUCGACUAUGAUGAGGAAAUAGAUGUUGAAUUGCGCUUUCAACCUUCAAAAUCUGUCACACUUACCAAGGCAACAUUGACGAAGAACAGCAAGAACAAGAAAACUCUCCCUAAAUACCUCCACUAUGAGACAGAAAAACUCUUCAAACUGUUUGUGAAACCCAAACUUAUGAUUAAACGACAAAACACAUCUACUGAUAGUAUGGAUGAUGUUAUAGAAAAUUACGACUAUGAAAAUGUGAAUGACAGAGAAAAUUUCUGCCCGAGAGAUUUAGAAGGAGACAAUGAUGAUGAUGAUGGCGACAGCCAUAUGGGUGAGUUUGACUUUACAGCAGGGGGCAGUGAGUUUAGCCAGUCACAAGAAUCUCAGGACUUUGGAUCUCAAGCGGAACAAGCGUUGGAUGGAACUAUGCUGAUAGGGGAUAAACUAGUGGCCCAGCCUCAUAAGGUGGCAAAGAUAGAUAUAUCUUAUGCCAAAACAGCUAAGAAACUGGAUGUUAAGAGACUGAAGUCAACCAUGUGGAAUAUCAUGACACAAGAUAUUGUCAAGCCUCCCAUGGAAUCUGAAGCUGCAGAGAAAAUUGAAGUGAAUGAGAACACAAGUGCUUCCACAGAUGUGGCAAUGACUGGCACAUGUACUUUCCAGGAUUUGCUAAAUAUCCUCCCAGACAAGGUGUCCAGUCAGACUGCCAAGAAUCUCAGUGUCCCCAUAGCCUUUGCCUGUCUCCUUCACCUCGCCAAUGAAAAGUGCCUGAAGAUAAUUUCAAUGGAUGAAGACCUUGGCAAUCUUGUUAUAUCUCAGGGAAUAUGA